UUACGACUUACAUAUCAAGCAGGUAUAAAGUGUAACUUUUUAUUUUCAGUAUUUGUUGCUGUUGCAAUGAUCACUAAAGAGGUGUGGCUUAUAUGCAUUGUGUUGUCAACUUGUUUGGCGACCACAAUCAAUGUAUCCAAAUUCCCAAAAGAUUUUAUGUUUGGUACGGCGACUGCCUCCUACCAAGUCGAAGGUGCCUGGAACGAAGAUGGUAAAGGAGAAAACAAUUGGGACGAAGUAACUCACAGAGUGCCAUCACCAAUUGUCGAUAACUCAACAGGAGAUGUAGCUUGCGACUCGUAUCACAAAUAUAAAGAGGACGUGGCUAUGCUUAAACAUAUGGGAGUCACCCAUUAUAGAUUUUCAUUGUCUUGGUCCAGGAUUUUACCCACAGGUUUUAACAACAAAAUAAACCCUCUUGGAAUCGCUUAUUACAAAAACCUCCUCAAGGAACUUAGAACCAACAACAUCGAACCUUUAGUAACUAUAUUCCAUUGGGAUACACCUCAACCAUUAGAAAAUUUGGGUGGAUGGACAAACGAGCUAAUAAUUGAUAGAUUUGUAGAUUACGCCAAAGUAGUAUUUGAAAAUUUCGGUGAUGAUAUUAAAUACUGGUUGACAUUCAAUGAACCUAGUCAAACCUGCCAUGAAGGUUACGGUAAUCAUCAAAAAGCACCUCUCGUUGAUUCACCUGGUAUUGGGGAAUAUCUUUGUACCCAUAACCUCCUCAAGGCUCAUGCAAAAGCGUGGCAUUUGUAUGACGAACAGUUUCGUAGUACACAACAAGGAAAAGUUGGAAUGGCGAUAGAUACAGCUUGGUUAGAGCCAGACACUAAUAGUACUAAAGAUGUAGAUGCUGCAGAACGAGCACAGCAAUUUAGUCAUGGAUGGUUUGCGAGACCUGUAAUAUUGGGUGACUAUCCAGAAGUGAUGAAGACGGUAAUCGCAGAAAGAAGUUCACUUGAAGGCUUUAGUCAAUCGCGUCUUCCACAAUUCACACAAGAUGAGAUCGAAUACUUGAAAGGUACCCUUGAUUAUUUGGGACUGAACUAUUAUACCACGUUUAUGGUACAAGAUGCUGAUGAUAAACGAAUAGAUGUUAUUUCUUCUGAAGCAGAUGCGGAGGUUAACACGUAUCAAAAAGAUGAAUGGCCUAAAUCGGCCUCAUCAUGGUUAAGGGUUGUUCCUUGGGGACUAAGAAAAACAUUGAACUGGAUCAAGAACACAUAUGGCGAUAUUCCAAUAAUAAUAACCGAAAACGGUAUAUCUGAAGAUGGUUCUUCUCUAGAAGAUGAUUCAAGAAUUGACUAUUACCAGCAACACUUGAGCAGUGUAAAAGAUGCGAUGGAUGAUGGAGUAAAUGUUUUCGGAUUCACAGCGUGGAGUUUGAUGGAUAAUUUCGAAUGGUUACGUGGAUAUACAGAACAUUUCGGGCUGUACCACGUAGAUUUUACUAGCUCCAAUCGAACAAGAACACCAAAGAAAUCAGUGGAAUAUUUAAAAAAUGUGAUAAAAUAUGGAUGUGUUUUAGGAAAUUCUACAUGUGAUAAUUAAUUUUUUUCUGUCUUACAAAAGCAAUUAUACAUUUAUUUCUUAUAAAAAAUCUGACAAAGU